AUUUAAUUGGUGUGGUGGGCCUGAUUUUCUGACGAAAAUACCAAGAUCUGAAAUUAGUUGUACCGGAUAUCUCGUCUAGUCGUUUGAGAUGGCAGAAGAUGGGAAGUUCCGAAUUGAGAAGUUCAAUGGUACAGAUUUCAGUUGGUGGAAAAUGCAAAUUGAAGAUUUGCUGGUUCAGAAAGAUUUGGACGUGGUUUUGGGUGACAAGCCAGAAAAGAUGUCAGAUGCAGAUUGGGCAGGUUUGGAUCGGAAAGCAAUGUCCGUGAUCCGUCUCUCGUUGACCAAGAAUGUUGCGUUCAACAUUUUGAAGGAGAAGACAGCGAAGGAAAUUAUGGAAGCGCUGUCUAACAUGUACGAGAAGCCAUCUGCAGCUAACAAAGUUUUUCUGAUCAGAGAGCUGGUGAACACAAAAAUGAAAGAAGGCACUUCAGUUACCGAGCAUAUCAACAAGUUGAAUUCGAUCUUAGCCAGACUUUUGUCAGUGGGCAUUAAGUUCGAUGAUGAAGUUCAAGCUUUACUACUGCUAUCGUCUUUACCUGAUAGUUGGUCCGGAACGGUUACAGCGGUUACCGGUUCAGUGGGACCUGAUGGAUUCACCUUUGAUCAGAUUCGAGAUCUCGUUCUUGGCGAGGAUGUCAGAAGAAAGAGUUCAGGGGAGUCAUCUGGUGAAUUGCUUCAUGUUGGUAGAGGCAGAAGAAAUAGCAGAGGCUCUACGAGUGACGAGGAGGUCACUUUGACUUGCUGCGAGGAAAGCAAUGUGGAUUCCUGGGUCAUGGAUUCUGGUGCUUCAUUUCAUGCCACCCACAGCGGUGAAGCAUUGCAGAAUCUGGUUGUUGGUGACUUUGGAAAGGUACGACUAGCGGACGACAGUGCUCUUGAGGUGACGGGCAUGGGUGACAUGGUGUUGAAGACCUCAGUCGGUUUCUGGACUUUGAAGGAUGUCAGAGUGGUUCCAGCCUUGAAGAAAAGUUUGAUUUCUGUCAGGCAGUUGGACGAACAAGGACACGAGGUGAAGUUCAGAGAUGGGCAGUGGAAGGUCGUGAAGGGAAAUCUUGUCAUGGCCCGUGGAAAGAAGAGAGGUUCGUUGUACAUGGUCGGGUUACCAUCUGAGGGAGUGACCGUCCCAGUUCAGAAGAGAAACAAAGUCCGGUUCACAGAGUCUCGUGGGCAGAAUAAGGUUGUCUGUGCAAGAGAGAAACCUAGAGCCACAGGUCAGACUCAGGAUGAACGAGCGAGGAAAGGUUCAAGGGGGCCAGUCAGAGGUAUGUGUGGCAGUGGGAGCUCAAGAGGCGCUUCAGCCAAGUUGCCUAGAAGACAGUGGGUCAGGAGAACCAGUAUUCCAGCUGUUGGAACAUCUCUAGAAAAUUUCUUGCUGAGUACGGAGAGUGUUUGUUCUCAAGAUGUUCUAGGAUCCGGCGGUGUGCAUCUGCAGUGGGAGCCGGUAGGGACCGAGGACGAGUCAGGGGCAGAUUUUGCCAUGAUUGAUGUGUUGGAGCUUGGGAGAGCUUCAACGGGCCUUUCAGUUGUCUGAUGAUAGGGCCGCUGCAACAGGAGAGCUGAGGAAGAUUACUCGAUGUACAGGGAAUCAUGGUGGAUGGCAGUUGAUGACUAUCAAGCCUCCAAGUGGGAGAAUGUUGGGUUUGUGGAGGCUUGGGCUUGACUUGUUGGCCCGGCCCAUGUUAUGUAACCCUAGGGUUUUUUUUUCUCCUAUAUAUUGAGCCCUUGUUCUUGUAAUUCCGUGGAGACACGACAAGUGAAAUAGAAAUCCUCCUGUUGCAGCCGUGGAUUAGGGAAACCGAA